AUGGAGGCUUAUGAGGAUGGUUUCAUCGAGGAGCAGGAGGAGCAAGAGGAGGAGCGCACCGAGGAGAAGAUCAUCAAUGAAGAAUACAAGACAUGGAAAAAGAAUGCUCCUUUCCUUUACGACAUGAUUCUCAGCACGGCGCUAGAGUGGCCGACUCUUACAACACAAUGGCUGCCCGACAAGCAGGACGCCUCGGACAAGCCGUAUUCUACUCAUCGUCUGCUUCUCGGUACUCACACGUCCAGCGACGCACAAAAUUAUCUUCAGAUUGCCCAAGUCCAACUUCCCAAUCCCAACGCUCCCAAUCCCGAUGAUUACGACGAAGAGCGUGGGGAAAUCGGUGGGUAUGGCGGCAGUUCCAAGAAAGCUCCGAUGGAGAUAAGCUUCAAGAUUGUGCAAAAGAUCGAUCACAAGGGCGAAGUAAACAAGGCUCGGUACCAGCCGCAGAACCCCAAUAUAAUCGCUACGAUGUGUACGGACGGGAGAGUCAUGAUCUGGGACCGCUCAAAACACCAGAGUGUCCCGACGGGGACAGUGAACCCUCAGAUGGAACUGCUCGGACAUAAACAAGAAGGAUUCGGGCUGAGCUGGAGCCCUCAUGUUGCGGGUCACCUUGCAACGGGAAGUGAGGACAAGACCGUCCGCCUCUGGGAUUUGACCACUUACACAAAGAGCAACAAAGCUCUCCAACCGGUCCGAACCUAUACUCACCAUUCAUCUAUUGUCAAUGAUGUUCAACACCAUCCCCUUCAUUCUUCUCUUAUUGGAACCGUCUCAGAUGAUAUCACUCUUCAAAUUCUCGAUACUCGAGUUGCUGACACCACUCGUGCCGCCGCAUUCGCCAAAGGUCAACACCGUGAUGCCAUUAAUGCUAUCGCUUUCAACCCGGCCGCCGAAACUGUUCUAGCUACAGGUUCUGCAGAUAAGACAAUCGGUCUUUGGGAUCUGCGUAACCUGAAGACCAAACUACACACCCUCGAAAACCACACCGACUCUGUCACAUCAAUUUCUUGGCAUCCAUUCGAAGAAGCUGUUCUGGCUAGCGCAAGCUACGAUCGCAAGAUUAUGUUCUGGGACUUGAGCCGGGCAGGCGAGGAACAAACUCCCGAAGAUGCCCAGGAUGGGCCUCCUGAGCUACUUUUCAUGCAUGGUGGUCAUACCAAUCGUAUUUCGGACUUCAGUUGGAACCUCAACGAUCCCUGGGUGCUCUGCUCUGCCGCAGAGGAUAACCUGAUGCAGGUGUGGAAGGUUGCUGAUGCAAUUGUUGGUAAGGAUAUGGAGGACGUCCCGACUGAGGAGCUGGAGCCUUAA